AUGUAUUCAUGGGGUGCUAACUCUCAUGGACAAUUAGGACUUAAUCUGACAAGUGAGCAAAUAGAGAAGCCUACUAAAAUAGAAAAUGAUUUUAUUAAUUUUAUCAAACAAAUAUCUUGUGGUGGUGGCCAUACCGUCUUAUUAGAUAAAGAAGGAAAACUUUUCUCAUGUGGAUGGAAUUUAAAAAAACAACUAGCUCAGGAAAAUGAAGUAUAUACUUUUAAUCGUAUUUGGCGUUUAAGUGGUAUCAAAUUUAUAAAUAUAGCAUGUGGAUGGGAUUUUAGUUGUGGUGUUACAGAUGAUAAUUUUCUUUUUGUAUGGGGUUCUAAUAGUCAUGGUCAACUUGGAUUGCCAAAAGAUCAUUUCCCUGAAGAUGUACAUCCAAUAAGACUACAGGUAAAUGCAUGUGCCAUAUCUAUGGGAUUAAGACACACUGCUAUUGUUAACUCUAAAGGUGAGAUAUGGACAACAGGUUGUGGGAGACAUGGACAACUUGGCUUAGGCAAAGAUAUACUACAGUCAGAUAGAUUCCAAAAAGUUUCUAAAUUAAAUAAAAUCUCACAUAUUAGCUGUGGACAGAAUCAUACUGUUGCUUGGAACUCUGAAGAGCGAGCAUUAUAUGUUUGGGGUGAAAAUAAACAUGGGCAGUUGCUUUUAUCAACAGAUAAAUAUAAGAAAAUUUUUACACCAGAAAAAAUUGAUAUAGAUGUAAAGCAAGAGGUAAAAAAGCUUUUAAGUGGUUGGACCAAUGUAUUACUAUGGCUGAAAGAUGGUACCUUACUUACAUGGGGAAGAAACAAUCAUGGACAACUAGGGACUAAUAUACCCUUUGCUGGAAAAAUUAUACAUGUAAAAUUACCAGACAACAGAGUAGUGAAAGAUGUUGCGCUUGGUUCAGAACAUACAAUAUGCUUAGCUAGUGAUAACACACUGUGGGCAUGGGGGUGGAACGAACAUGCCAAUACAGGAACAUCAUCUGAGGAUAGUGUGUUUAUUCCAACUAAAGUACCAAUAGAACCAGGUUCAAAAAUUACACAAACAUAUGCUGGAAGUGCUCAUAACUUUAUAGUAACAGAAUGUGUUGAAGCACCCAAACCAGAUUCUAAAUCUGAGGAG